AUGUUUUGCAAAGCGCGGGGGUCUGGGAUACUAGCAUGUCCUCGUGCGCCUCAGAGGCGGCUCACUGCGUCAUCAUCGCCAGCGGCACUCUCGCCCCUGCAGCCUGGUUCACCGCGGAGCUCGGCGCCGCCUUCGCGGGCCGCGCACUGGAGGGCCCACCAGUGCAGGCGGGGCACAUCAUCCAGUCCCUCGCAGCUGGGGCUUGUCUUCGUGGGCCGCGCGAGCAGCGGGCGGGAGCUGAGGUGCGUCCGCGAGAGCAUGACGCACAGGGCAUUCGCCCAGGCGCUGGGCCAGACGCUCGUGGAGCUGAUCUCGGCCAUCCCGGGAGGCGUCUUGGUCUUCUUCCGACCAUCGCGGGCGAUGUUGGACGCCGUCAACCGGUUCUGGAGCGAUGCGCCCGCGGGGGCGGGCAGGUCUGUGUGGCAGGCCCUACAAGACUCCAAAGGCCACCUCGUCAUCGAGGGCAGCGGUGCCGACGCCAGGCGCGCCCUGGACGACCACCAGAGGGCUGUGGAACGCGACGGCAGCUGCGUGUUCUUCGGCGUCUACCGCGGCCGCGCCAGCGAGGGGAUCUCCCUCUCCGACGACUCGGUGCGCGGCGUGGUCUGCGUCGGCAUACCGCUGGCCCCGCUGCGGCCCGAGGUGCGCCUUCGCAGGGACUACCGCAACGCGCUGGCACAGGCGGCCCCAGCGCCAGGCGCGCCGCGGGGCCCGGCCCAGGCGAGGCUCAGUGGCGACGACUGGUACCAGCUCCAGGCGCACCGCGCGGUGAACCAGGCGCUGGGGCGGGUCAUACGGCACCGCGAAGACUACGGCGUUUGCGCCCUGGUAGACUGGCGCUGGACCGCCAGAGGAUCGCUGAGGGCGGUGCGGUACCUGCCCCUCUGGCUGCGCCAGCUCGUCGGCAUCCACGACGGCGUGCGCGGAGAGAACGCGGAUUUUGCAUUGGAGCAUGUUGUGCGACAGGUGCGUGGGCAUUUCGCGAACCAUCUGCACCGAAGUUCUCAAGGCUACGCAGCAGGAGCAGACGCCCCAGGGGUGCUUUCGGGAGAGGACGCCUCCAGGCAGGUGCGGCCCCGCCGACACUAG